AUGAAAUAUGAGUUGGAUCAUCUUAUAGAAUCUACCCAAUUUAGAAUCGAUGAUAUAGAUACCUAUUUUAAAAGAGUCGAAACUGAAUACUUUUUAAAAGAUAAAAAAAAUGAAUUUUAUGUUGAGUUAUCUUCAUACAAUUCACAAAUUCAAGAUAGUUUAAAGAAGUUAAAAUCAAUUUAUGAUGGUGUAACUAUUUAUAUAUUAUUAUUUUUUUUUUUUUUUUUAAUCAUAUUUAUAAAAAAAAAAAAUAUUGACAUAUUGUUAUUUAAAUAG